AUGUCGGAUCAAGACCCACUGAUUGAUGGAAGACCGCUGUCUAGCCUUAAAGUCGCCGAACUUCGUGACGAGCUCACUAAACACGGUCUAUCGAAGCUAGGUGUCAAAAAUACGUUGCAAGACAGAUUGAGAGAUUUUCUUGUUGGGAAUGGAAGUGGCACACCACUAACUAGCCCCAAGAAGGAUGAUUCACCGGUGAAAGUCAAUCCACUGGUGGCCGCCUAUCGCGAAAAGCAGAAAAGCCUUCUGCUCAGCUCGAUGGCUGCUGAUCCGCGUAAAAAGCGCGCCGAGGAGGAAAGUGAUGAAGCUGUCAGUUCGACGAAAAGCCAGUCGAUCACGCCGAAGAAAGAGGCGGAAGUGGAAAAGCGUGAAGAGACACCUAAAGUUGAGAAGAAACCGGAAUCGCAACAACCUAAGGUGGAGGAACCGCCUAAAGAAGAUGUCAAGCCUGUCUCAGUUUCUGCGUCAUCUGAAUCAGCUUCAUCGUCAGCACAGUCUGGAGAGCAAUCAGGAUCUGAUACUCCAGUUCUGGCAAAAACACCGGAAAAGGUUGAGGCUGCUUUCGAUGAAAAGAAGAAUGUUGAAGUUCAAGCACAUAAUACUACGGAACUUGUAACUCCGAAUAAAAUAGAGACUGAGAAGACGAAGGAGGAAAAUGAGAAUAAGAAACAAGAAGAAAUUGCACCACCGAAAACAGUUCAACUAGAAGCAAAAGAGCCGGAGGUACACAAGGAGCCCGAGUCUGAGACAGUUGCUCAGAAGGAGGUUCAUAACGACUCUGAGCAGAAGGCGAAGGCUAAAGGGGAGCCGGAGACUCAAAAGGACCCUGAAGUGGAACAGGAGCAGCAAAAAGAGGAAAGCAUUGAUGCAAAGAGAGAUGGAAAAGCAAGUGGAGAUUCGCGAGCGAGCCACCACAAUGAUGGGGACGAGGACGAGCUGGACUAUGGUGAAGAGGAUGCGAGAGAGGAGAUGAUGGAGGAGCCAAUUGAGGAUAAACACGAAAAGAGCAAAGGCGAUUCGGAUGUCCGGAAGAAGGAGAAGGUGCGCGAAUCGGUCAAAGAUCGACGCUCAUCUUCGCCUUCGUCCAGGCAUCCGAUUUCAAAUAUUGUUCAUAUUCGUGGGCUUACGCGACCGUUCACCGAGGGAAUGCUCCGUCAGAAAAUCUCAUCGCAUGGCGGUGAGAUUGUCGAUUUUUGGAUGGACAAAGUCAAAAGUCACUGUUUUGUCAAGUUAAUUGACGAGGAGUCUGCCAAGAAUGUGCUCAAAGGAAUGCAUGGAAUCACUUGGCCUGAAUCGAAUCCGAAGAAGCUUUCGGUGGUGUUCGACACUGAUGAAAAUAUGACAAGGUACAAAGAAGGAAAAGGUGAGGUGAAGCUGCCACAAGUCGUUACGAUUGGUACGUUGACGUCGGGAUCGAGAGGAGAACGUCUGUCAUCGAGCACACCGGGAAAUAUUCGAAUUACCGUCGACGCGCUUCGUGAAAUCUCGAAAAGCGAUACGAAAGAGCGAAAAUCCGGUCUCGCUGGUCGAUUAUCGAAAGCGGAUGGAUCGUCGAAAGACAAGGAGCGUAAGCGAACGCGCUCGGAAACGCCGCCGUUCAGCCGCGGCGCCGGAUUUCUUGACGAGAAGAGAGGACGAGUUGAGCAUCGCGAGGAGAGAAGAACGGUGGACGAAGAGCCGAAGUAUAAGACGCCUGACGAGCUUUUCCAGAAGACCAACACGAAGCCGGUGUUGUACUUCAAGCCACUGACAGAUGAGGAGGUUGCCGCGAAGGAGUUGAAGGCGAAAACGUCGAAAGCGUCAACGAGCGAACGCGAACGCGAUCGUUCUCGUCGGCGCCACUAG